AUGGCAGCCACUCCAUCUUCAGCUGCCAUCGAUACUACAACUGUUAGUACAGCUGAACCAUCCACAACACCAGCAAGUACAAUAAAAGCAGAAUCCUCAGCAAUCACAACAACUCUAGCUGGAACAUCCACCACUAGUGGAGCAUUUACCACAACAGCUCAACAAACAACAGCUACAACUUCUACUGUGGCAACUCACUCUUCAACUGCCACUGAUAGUACAACUGUUAGUACAGCUGAACCAUCCACAGCACCAGAAAGUACAACAACAGCAGAAUCCUCAGCAAUCACAACAACUCUAGCUGGAACAUCCACGACUAAUGGAGCUUUUACCACAACAGCACAACAAACAACAGCUUCUACUGUUACUGUGGACACUCCCUCUUCUGCUGCCACUGAUAGUACAACUGUUAGUACAGCUGAACCAUCUACAACACCAGCAAGUACAACAACAGCAGAAUCAUCAACAAUUACAACAACUCUUGCUGGAACAUCCACCAAUAGUGGAGCAUUUACCACAACAGCACAACAAACAACAGCUUCUACUGUUACUGCGGCCACUCCCUCUUCUGCUGCCACUGAUAGUACAACUGUUAGUACAGCUGAACCAUCCACAACACCAGAAAGUACAACAACAGCAGAAUCCUCAGCAAUCACAACAACUCUAGCUGGAACAUCCACCACUAGUGGAGCAUUUACCACAUCAGCACAACAAACAACAGCAUCUACGUUUACUUCAGCCACUCCCUCUACAACUGCCAUUGAAAGUACAACUGUUAGUACAGCUGAACCAUCCACAACACCAGCAAGUACAACAACAGCAGAAUCCUCAGCAAUCACAACAACUCUAGCUGGAACAUCCACCACUAAUGGAGCCUUUACCACAACAGCACAACAAACAACAGCUUCUACUGUUAUGGCGGCCACUCCAUCUUCAACUGCCACUGAUACUACAACUGUUAGUACAGCUGAACCAUCCACAACACCAGCAAGUACAACAACAGCAGAAUCCUCAGCAAUUACAACAACUCUAGCUGGAACAUCCACCCCUAGUGGAGCAUUUACCACAACAGCACAACAAACAACAGCUACUACUUCUACUGUGGCCACUCCCUCUUCAACUGCUGCUGAUAGUACAACUGUUAGUACAGCUGAACCAUCCACAACACCAGAAAGUACAACAACAGCAGAAUCAUCAACAAUUACAACAACUCUUGCUGGAACAUCCACCAAUAGUGGAGCAUUUACCACAACAGCACAACAAACAACAGCUUCUACUGUUACUGCGGCCACUCCCUCUUCUGCUGCCACUGAUAGUACAACUGUUAGUACAGCUGAACCAUCCACAACACCAGAAAGUACAACAACAGCAGAAUCCUCAGCAAUCACAACAACUCUACCUGGAACAUCCACCACUAGUGGAGCAUUUACCACAUCAGCACAACAAACAACAGCUUCUACUUUUACUUCAGCCACUCCCUCUACAACUGCCAUUGAAAGUACAACUGUUAGUACAGCUGAACCAUCCAUAACACCAGCAAGUACAACAACAGCAGAAUCCUCAGCAAUCACAACAACUCUAGCUGGAACAUCCACCACUAAUGGAGCCUUUACCACAACAGCACAACAAACAACAGCUUCUACUGUUAUGGCGGCCACUCCAUCUUCAACUGCCACUGAUACUACAACUGUUAGUACAGCUGAACCAUCCACAACACCAGCAAGUACAACAACAGCAGAAUCCUCAGCAAUUACAAUAACUCUAGCUGGAACAUCCACCCCUAGUGGAGCAUUUACCACAACAGCAAAACAAACAACAGCUACUACUUCUACUGUGGCCACUCCCUCUUCAACUGCUGCUGAUAGUACAACUGUUAGUACAGCUGAACCAUCCACAACACCAGCAAGUACAACAACAGCAGAAUCCUCAGCAAUCACAACAACUCUAGCUGGAACAUCCACCACUAAUGGAGCAUUUACCACAACAGCACAACAAACAACAGCUUCUACUGUUACUGCAGCCACUCCCUCUUCUGCUGCCACUGAUAGUACAACUGUUAGUACAGCUGAACCAUCCUCAACACCAGAAAGUACAACAACAGCAGAAUCCUCAGCAAUCACAACAACUCUUACUGGAACAUCCACCACUAAUGGAGCAUUUACCACAACAGCACAACAAACAACAGCUUCUACUGUUACUGCGGCCACCCCCUCUUCUGCUGCCACUGAUAGUACAACUGUUAGUACAGCUGAACCAUCCACAACACCAGCAAGUACAACAACAGCAGAAUCAUCAACAAUUACAACAACUCUUGCUGGAACAUCCACCAAUCAUGGAGCAGUUACCACAACAGCACAACAAACAACAGCUUCUACUUUUACUUCAGCCACUCCCUCUUCAACUGCCAUUGAAAGUACAACUGUCAGUGCAGCUGAAACAUCCACAACUCCAGCAAGUACAACAACAGCAGAAUCCUCAGCAAUCACAACAACUCUUACUGGAACAUCCACCACUAAUGAAGCAUUUACCACAACAGCACAACAAACAACAGCUUCAACUGUUACUGCGGCUACCCCCUCUUCUGCUGCCACUGAUAGUACAACUGUUAGUGCAGCUGAAACAUCUACAACAACAGCAAGUACAACAACAGCAGAAUCAUCAACAAUUACAACAACUCUUGCUGGAACAUCCACCAAUAGUGGAGCAGUUACCUCAACAGCACAACAAACAACAGCUUCUACUUUUACUUCAGCCACUCCCUCUACAACUGCCAUUGAAAGUACAACUGUUAGUACAGCUGAACCAUCCACAACAACAGCAAGUACAACAACAGCAGAAUCCUCAGCAAUUACAACAACUCUAGCUGGAACAUCCACCACUAAUGCAGCCUUUACCACAACAGCACAACAAACAACAGUUUCUAGUGUUACUGCAGCCACUCCCUCUUCUACUGCCCCUGAUAGUACAACUGUUAGUACAGCUGAACCAUCCACAACACCAGCAAGUACAACAACAGCAGAAUCAUCAACAAUUACAACAACUCUUGCUGGAACAUCCACCAAUCAUGGAGCAGUUACCACAACAGCACAACAAACAACAGCUUCUACUUUUACUUCAGCCACUCCCUCUUCAACUGCCAUUGAAAGUACAACUGUCAGUGCAGCUGAAACACCCACAACUCCAGCAAGUACAACAACAGCAGUAUCCUCAGCAAUCACAACAACUCUAGCUGGAACAUCCACCACUAGUGGAGCAUUUACCACAACAGCACAACAAACAACAGCUACUACUUCUACUGUGGCCACUCCCUCUUCAACUGCCAUUGAUAGUACAACUGUUAGUACAGCUGAACCAUACACAACACCAGCAAGUACAACAACAGCAGAAUCAUCAACAAUUACAACAUCUCUUGCUGGAACAUCCACAAAUAGUGGAGCAGUUACCACAACAGCACAACAAACAACAGCUUCUACAUUUACUUCAGCCACUCCCUCUUCAACUACCACUGACAGUACAACUGUUCGUACAGCUGAAACAUCCACAACACCACCAAGUACAACAACAGCAGAAUCAUCAGCAAUUACUACAAAACUUGCUGGAAUAUCCACCACUAGUGGAGCAGUUACCACAACAGGACAACAAACAACAGCUUCUACUUUUACUUCAGCCACUUCCUCCUCAACUGGCAUUGGCAGUACAACUGUUAGUACAGCUGAAUCUUCCACAACACCAGAAAGUAAAACAACAGUAGAAUCCUCUGCAGUUACAACAUCUCUUACUGGAACAUCCACCACUAGUGGAGCAGAUACCACAACAGCACAACAAACAACAACUUCUACUUUUACCUUGGCCACUCCCUCUCCAACUGCUUUUGAAAGUACAACUAUAACCACAGCUGAAUCCUCUACAACACUAGCAGCCUCAACACCUUCAACAACAACAGGACCCACAACAGCCAAAACAACUCUUGCUGAAACAUUCACUUCUAGUAAAGAUGUUACCAUAACAGCUUCUACUUUUUCUUCUCCAACUGCCACAGAAAGUACAAGUGUUACUGCAGCUGACUUGACCACAUCACAAACAGCUACAGCAACAACAACAACAACAGGACACUUAGCAGCCACAACAACUCUUGCUGAAAUAUCCACCACUACUGCAGGACUUACAUUGACAGCACCACAAACAACUGUUACUACAGGCACAACAUUGAUUCCUUCUUCAAAAGCCAUAGAAAGUACAACAGUUACUACAGCUGGAUUUUCUACAACACUGCAUACAACUACUUCAAAAAUAGUAUAUGAGGUGCUAACAAAGUUGGAGUUUCGCUCUUUCGACACAUUUAUUCCUGAACUCAGCGAUUCAACCUCUCAGGCUUUCAAGAAUAGGGUGCAGCAUGUUAAGGAAAUUGUGAGUUAA